CAUUUCUGCAUCAUGAGCGGGCGCCCUCUCCCAACCCCUUUCUCUUUCCCAUUGUCUACAGCUUUUUUCUGGCUAUAAGAUCCUGUGCGGGUGGUCAGACGAGAUAAUACACGGUUCACGACGCGCGACGACCGUCAUCCACGACAACAGGCCGAGUCCUGCUACUGAAUCCUGCCGAACCGACACAAUUGACGAACCUCGCUUCUUGAUCUUCGACUCCCAUGGUGUACAUUCCCCUCAUUUCGACGCGCAAGCCCCGACGCGACCUUGAGCCCCGAGCAGGCGGCGGAGGUGGCGGCGGUGGGGGCAAAGGUGGUGGUGGAGGCGGAGGCGGAGGCGGGGGCAAAGGCGGGGGCAGCAGCAGCGGGGGAAAGGGAGGCUCCUCAGGCGGCUCCUCCGGCAGCGGCAGCGGCGGCCGCUCUUCCAGUAUUUCCGCUGGCGGGACCUCCAAGUCGGCCAGCACGUACAGUCGCGGGGGCGGCCCCGUCGUCACGAUCCCCAAUGGCUCGCCGUUUGCCGGGCGGCAGCAAGGUGGGGGGAGCCGUGAUCAAGUUUAUGGCACUAGGCAGUAUGGGAGCGGCUAUCCUGGUGUCACUGGACGCGGGGUCGCGGGACGGAACUUCCCCUUCUACUUUUGGCCCUUGACGUUCGGUGGUGUGGGCGCUGUAGGCGCUCAUCACUAUCUCGACGAUGAUGACGAGUACGGCCACCCCGACAACAGCUCGCGCCCGGGCGGACAGCAAACCCUCGGCAACUUCACCUCCAACGCCGGCAACAGCACCUUCCGCCUCGUCGCCGACAACUCCACCACCACCUCCCUCCUCGAAGAAGUCAACGACAAGUGCUCCGGGAACCUCGACAGCGGGAAGACCUCGCAGAACGCGUCGACGUUCGACUACAACGUGUCGUGGGCGCCGAGCCCGGGCGAGGUCGUGCAGUACUACCGCGCGAGCAGCAUCGCGCUGAUGCUCGUCGGGUACAACAACUCGGCGGUGUGGCAGGAUGAUGAUAGCAAGGCGGACGAUCCGCUCCCGAGCUGGGUUGACAACAACUUGCUUUCCUGCCUCAACACGACGAUCGGCCUGGCGGCACCGCUUAUUGACGAUGACAAUGGGAGUCUGCAGAUGCCUGUUCCGAGCAUGGGCGUUUUCGGUGUGGUCAUCGCAGUCUGGUUCAUGUCGCUGCUUUGAGUCUGCUGUUGUCCUAGGAUCUAUUGAUUCUGAUCAUUCUAUCCAUGUAGCCAUCUUCGUCACCGUUGCCUAGCCUAGUGUAUACCUGAUGUUCGUGCUUGUCCACUAGGGACUUCUCACGAACCUCGAUCAGUACCUUGUUUGCGAUAGUGGACCACUUCAUCUGAAUGGAAGGAAUAAUCCGCAUUGCGAGCCUG